GCUAGGAUAUGAGCGAGUUUAAAAUUUGUGUUCUACGCAUAAAAAACGCACACGACCACAAUUCCUUGCGCUAAAUAAAAUUUAGUUCAGAACCCCCUCUCUGCACAAAUUAGACUGCUGCUACGUUCGCUCGCUUCAGGCUCGCUCGCUCCGCAGCAAUUAUAAAUUCUAAAUAGAAGUUCGCCAAAAUGGCGGAUUCUUGCAAGCGUUUUAAGGCAUGCAAAAUUCGCGUUAAUACGCAGUCAACAAAGGGAAAAAAAACUACAAAACAUGUGCGUUUAAAUUCAAAUAACUAUUGAAAGAUUUCUGAGGAGUCAAGUUCGAGUAAGCAGAAGUCUUUCACAACGGGAAUGGAAGAAGAACAUGUUGAUGGUUCAAAUAUCGACGAUAUAAAUAGCAGCCAUGAAAGUGAUGUAUGGGAUGACCAAGCUUUUUCUGGUCUUUCACGAUAUCACUUGCGCCGGGUGAAAGAGUAUCACAGUUGGGAAGAUGUGAGGGGGUCGUUUUUGCAAGCACGCAUUGAGGAAGAAGCUUUUUGUGACGAAAGUAUAUGCAUCGAGUGCUAUAACAAUUUCGCUGUUUGUCGCUGCGUGGAUUGUGGUCCUAGACAGUUGUUUUGCAUCAACUGCGCGAAAACUAUCCACGAACAACGCAACGUCUUUCACCUACUUGAAAUUUUCAAGGAUGGUUGUUUUGUUGCUUUAUUUGUCAAUCAUGGUGUUUUGACUCUUGAUCACCAAAGAAAUUGUCCAACUGCACAAGCAGAAAACAUCAUUUGUAUUGAUGAAAAAGGGCAUCAACACUUGAAACGGAUCAACUUUUGUAACUGUGAAGAUGCUGCAGUUACACUUGUAAAGUCCAAUUAUGGCCAGGAUCAGCUGUUAGACCUCAGAUAUCACCAACAUUUGUUCAAAACAAUGAAACAAUUUGUCUUGCAACAAAAACCUGACAAUGUUUGCCCGUUAUGUCCUUUGCAGAGUGAAACUGAUACUGACAUGAAUGUUGCCAUUGAGUGCAUGGAUGGAUGUUUUGGGCUUGUGAGAAAAAGGUCUGCUGGUGCCAAUCUUUUACCUGCCAGACACAAUGGUACAUUUUUUGCCAAUCAGGAUGAUGUUGAUAGCUUUGUUGAUGACAACUCAAAGAAGGCAAAGCAAGCCCCUACUGAUUGCGAUGAAUUUAAAUCUGGUGAGGUUAGUAACAUGUUAUGAUCCAAAGGAAGAAAUAAGCUUUUUGACGAGAAGGGAGUGUUUGGUAGAGUAUGCAGACAUGAAUACCCAAGGGGAUUUAUGAGUAUCAAACAUGGAGAAGGAUAGCAUAUUCAGUGUAUGAGGUUAAAAAGCUUCUGUGUCAUUAUGAUGAGGAUACUGAUGUUAAAAUAAUGUAUGACAUUGCAUGUACUUUGUCUGCCCACCUAAAG